CCUUUGAGAAAGUCAAACGCUGUGGGUGAACAGGCGAGCAGAGUUCUGCAGGGCCAGCACUGAGGGAUUCGUUUAACUCUGUGGUAAUACAGAACUUUGACUUUGUAAAUGCAGUGUUUUAUGUCUGGAUUCUUUUUGCAGAGUCCCAGUUGUGAAGCAAUCUGUGCUGGGGACGAAGGGCAUGAUUUGUUCAGAGCAGACAGGUCCCUGUGACUAGAAAUGAGCUCGGUUUGGCAGGAAGCACUGAAGAAAGCUGGCAGAGAGGCAGCGUGGUCCUUGCAUGCAAGAUUUCUCCAGAAGUAAAGAAGCACUGGUGGAGACAGUGCAACCCCUGGCGAGAAGCAGCAGCGCUGCGCAACAAAGGAAGGAGCCACUUCCAGGUUACGAAAACAUGCUGUUGAACUGAAUUUUGCAGCUGGGUUUUCAAAUGUACCAUGGGAUGCAUCAAAUCCAAAGAUGCCUUUGCGGGAUCGAACGCUAUCCGUGUGGAAGGGAGCAGGGAAGGUGACGAAGGGUGCGCCGGGGAGAAAUCGUCACUGAUAGCAGGGAUGGUGGAUGAGAAAGGUCCAUCGAGCGCCAUAGUGCUGGACUACGCGCACCGCCUCUCCCACGAGAUUCUUGAUCAGGCAGUGAAGCAGUGGGCAGUGACAGAGAGCAAAUACAGUGACAUCCCUUUCAUUGAGAGCGAUGUGCCCUGAGCCUGUUCUGGCUUCAGUGAGCGUCUGUCUGGCAGCAGCUCGUGUUUGGUGCUGGUGCAAGUUGAGUAAAGUCAGCUGUGACCGAGCAGAGUGCUCCUCUGAAUGUGUUUGCAAGGUGAGGCUGGAAAAAAUUGCCUUUUAAUCUAUAUUGCUAGGAAACUCUGUGGAAUACAGUAGAACCUAUUAAUCAAGUGUUGUUUGUUAUCAGCUGUAUGAUGAGUGUUGUCUGUCUUUGUAUGUGUUGAGUGAUCAGAAAUUAGUGUUAAAAAAGAAAAUGGGAAGAAUGCAACUGCCUUGCAACUGUAGGAGCACUGUCGCAGGGGCCCCAGAGAUGCUUAGGAACAAAGCAUGGAUUAUAUUUAUGUACUGCAUAAAAAAUAUAUGGCCUGUUUGUAGGUGACGAGAAUGGUAUGCUUGGCAAACUUGUUUGUGUUCCGCUGAAGCAAAAGCAGGACCUCUAUGUAGCAAAGGCAGCUGCUGUUGUAACCUUCACUUUGAUUCUCUGACCCGAGCAGGCCUACAAACCACAAAAUGAUGAAGGCGGUGAAAAGCAUUUUGUAAAACCAAAUAGUAUUCAGGGAACCAUAUGGAUUAUGAUCCUAUUCAACUUCCACUCCUAACAGAACUGAUGAGAAACAUUACGAUAUUGAUAAAUAGUGCAUUGUAAUUAAGUUAACAGAUGCUCUGGCUUCUGCAAAUGCAUGAAGGCUAUUCUCUAAAACCUUGCAGUAAGAGUUUAAUUACAUCUAAUUGCUGCAUUCAGGCCAAAGCUGUUUGCUUUGCUUUUUU